UGAAAUUUGCCAAACAAACUUCUCUCCUGCUGCUGCUGAAGUAGAGACUGUGCUGUUAAUCAACUGACGCCCUGGGACUAUUGUUCCAGUUUUCAUUUUGCCUUAGAUCAUCAAAGAACAACUGGCCAAGAGCCAGAAAAAUAUAGGAACCAUGGCAUCAUUGACAACUGAAUUACCAGCAGUGGUUCUACCAUCCGCUACGUUUUCUAAAUCAAGUUCUGACACCGCCAUUUCGGAGCCAUCUCUCCCCUUACCUGAAAAAAAGGACCAAUUCGUCAAUAAAGGUAAAAAUAAGCAUUUCUCCAGAGAAAAGGCAAAUCCUUUCAGAUGUGCUGAAAAAGAUAUGUUUCUUUACAAAGAACGACAAUUAAAAGAAAAAGAAAAGGAUAGGCUGGCUCUACAAAAUCUGAAAGUUCAUGAAAAAUCUAAUUACUCAUCCAGAAUGAAAACUCGAAAUCGCAAAAACACGGUCAUCCUAGGCUCCCGUUUUGAGAGUCAGAGUUCUAUUGAAGAUAAGGGCCUGGAUUCUGCUUUAAUUUUUCCUUUAAGAAAAUGUUGUGAAGAUGAAAAAAAGAGUUUAUCUGAAUAUAUUAAUGAUCAAAGACAUAGAUUUUUGAUGGAGUAUGCAUUAGGCGUCAAACGACAAGCUAUUAAGGAUUUGGAAAAAGCUAUGAUAGAGAAGGAGGAGGAAUUUAAAUUAGCAGAAAAAAAGCUCUUAGAGGAUGAAGUGGCUUUUGAGGAAUUUCUCCGAGAAAAUGACAAAAAAUCUGUAGAUGCACUUAAAAUUGCUGGGCAGGAAACCAAAGCCAAGCUUCGAGUCACAGCGGAGUUAAAAACAGCUACUGAUGAAGUGGUCGCUAUGAAAAAUGAAGUUGCAAAUGCUGAAAUCCUCCUUAAGGAGUACAUGGACUAUGGAAAGUUUUUAUGGAAGGUGUCCCCAAAGACUUGGCAGGUACAGCAAACCGUAAGAAAAAUCACUGCCCACAGAGCUAGACAGAGUUCUGGGACUGUUACUUUUCCGAAACUAGCAUUAGAUUAUAAAGGAGAUAAGCAUCACAAAUCAAACCGAGAAAAGGAGAAGAAACCAUUAUUACCAAAGGAGAUCAGUUCAAAUGAUGAAUUUGACCUUUCCUUAGAUGGUAUAGAGAAUGAUCUGGAACCAAAGAUAUACUUUCAAAAUCCAGAAGAGCUACUCCGUAUUUUCUCAAAGCUAGAGGAGCAAAACUUAAAUCUGAUACAGCACUCUCAAGAUAUAGCUGAAUCUUUGGAAGAAUUUCAAAGAACGGAAAAAAUUAUGAAGGAGAAAAUAAAACAGAAUAUUGCUGUCCUGGUGGAAGAAAAAGAAAUUCUUAGGCUUAGCUGCAUUAAGGAAGAAGAAAAAGCAGCGGAAUUAGCAUUGAGGUCCAGCCUGUUUAGUUUUGGAGAGUUUAAUUCAGAAACCCAGGACAAAAUGCUACAAAUGUUAAGUAAAAAAGUCACUGAAGUGUUCAAAGCCUGUGUGGGAGAACCUAAAGCUUCUAAUCUCAACACAAUUCAAAUGCUGAUGAAAAUAGAGCAUCGACUGGAAGAACUCAGUGACCUGCUGGAAUCUGUUCCCAAAGAAACAAUUGAAUUGAUUGAGAGGCCCAGGCGGAGAGAAAAGAGGAAUAAGCUACGUGAAGAAAAACUGAAACAAAAACAGCUACUCCAGGAGGCAAAACUAAAGGUUGCGCUGGAAAGAGCAGUAGCAGAACCAACAAAAAAGCUGGGAAGACGACUUGUGCUUCGCUCACAGCCUCCAAGGCAGGUUAAAAAGGAGACUAUACGUGAAGAGCCAAAACCCGAAGAACUAGAAGAGUAUUUUUUUACUUGAAUUAAGUAUACCAAUACCAAAUUGCAGGGACCUGGAUUAUGGCAGACAGGUGUUCUAGAGGCUAAGUAGAAUCCAUAAAAACAGUUAGCCUGGUAGUCUUCCCCCCAACAUACAAACACAUCAUGCAGGUCAUUCAGUCUCUCGGACCUAAAUCCCAAUUUGGGCAAUACAUUCCUAUCGCUCUAACUUCUUUACUAUCUUAAAAUAUAUCACUUACUUUCCACUGUUAGGACUUAGUCACCUACAUAGGUCGAGAGCACUUUAAAUAUGAGUGUCAAAAGAUAGCAUGGAUCUCUAACUGCAUUCUCAGAGUCAAAGUUAACAGUCUUUAGUGAAUUUAAGAGCAUUUAAAAAGUUAACUUUAAAGGAAACAUACCCCAACCAAAAACGUUGUAGCCUUUAAAAAUAUUUACGGA